AUGCCUAUCUUGGCCGCUGUAGUGGUGCAGGCCGCUGUGCUGGAGCGGGAGCUGCGAAGCCUGCGGACAGCCUUCAGCGCUUGGAGGGAUGCAGUGGAGUGCGCGAAGAAGCGGCCCCUUCUGGGCAAGAGGGCCGCGGCCGUGGAGGAUUUGCGACGGCGAGGGAUUCUUGAUGCCUGGCGAGAUUGCUGCAGGAUCCGACAGCUGCAGAAGCGGCAGAGCCUGCCACUGUGUCGCCGCGCUUUUGCGGCCCUGGCGGCCUACAGCCAGAAGCAACAGCGGAAAGAGCAGCAGCGCCGCUCGGCAGUACGCUGCCGCCGGCGCACCCUGCUCCGCCAGGCCUGGUCCUGCUUUCUGUCAGGAGCAGCGAGGGCCGAGCAGAGGUAUCGUCAAUGUAUAGCCCUGGGGAAAAGUCAUGCAGAUGCCCUGUCACACAGAUGCCUGGUGGCCUGGCUUGCCUUCGCCCGCCCCGGCUGCUACACUCAGGCUUGCCAGCAUCGGCCGCGCCGGUUGCAGUGCCAGGUUCUGAGGCAUCUGCGAAGCUACGCCGAUCUGCGCCGCUCCAAGCGCAGCGAGGCCGCCAUGGCGGCAGAGCAGCUGCGGACGCAGGCCGCCCGGCGCGCGCUGCGCCGAGCGCUGGGCCGCUUCCGAGAGAACCAUCGCCGCAGGGCCGAGCAGAUGCAUCUCGCGAGCCGAUGCCGUCCACUCGCUGCAGCCCUGGCCGCCAGCGCCCGUCGUCGUGCCCUCCGAAGGUGGCGAGAGGAGCUGAAGGAACGCUGUGUACGAAGGCAUGGUGUAGCGGCAGCUACCCAGCUUCACGAGCGCAGACUGCUGCAGUGCACCUGCUCCGCCCUCCUGUGCUUCUUCCAGCGGGCACGGCAGCAGCGCAUUGCAGUGGCCUGCUUUGUUGCCACGAGGGCCAAGGAGGCUGCAAGAUAUUGGCUGCACCAGUGGCAUUCGGCGGUCAGCAAGUGGCGCCAGGAGCAAGUGAAAGAGACGGAGGCCAUAAUGCAUUGGUACCUGGUCCUGGCCGCUUCCGCGCUGUGCCACUGGCAACGUUGGUUGCAGAAGCGGCAGCGGAAGAAGCAGCGCCAGGAAGAGGCCGCCAAGCUGUUCGCCAGGGCGGCGCGGGGAGCUGCGCUGAAGGCGGCACUCUGGCGCUUCGACGAGGAGCGAUCGGUGCAGGAGGAGGUCGCCUCAUUGCGAUCAGCGCUCCUGCACAAGAAGAGGGUGGAGGUGGCGCUGCGCGUUGGCCAGCACUGGCGAACUCGGGCCUACGUGAGGGCCACUUCGCGACAAGUCUUUCUGCAUCGCCAUGAGUUGGACGACACAUGGCCUAGUCCGAUUGCCGGAGAUGGUUCGGUCGAUGUGGGUCUUAGCUGA